AUGGUAGAAUUCACCCAUGAGAGCACGGAAGAAGAAGAAGAGAGUUUACAGGAGGAAGUAUUAGAUUUUGCACCGGCAGCACUAGAUGAUUCUUUACCAGAAGUGGAAGAUUCAUUGCAGGAGAUAAACUUAGGGAUAGAAGAAGAUCCAAGACCCACUUUUAUUAGUGCACUAUUGAAAGAACCACUUAAGAGCGAAAUCAUUGCACUGUUGCAUGAUUUUAGAGACUGUUUUGCUUGGCAUUAUCAUGAGAUGCCUGGGUUGGAUAGAAAACUGGUGGAACAUAAGUUGCCAAUCAAGGAAGGCUAUCUUCCAGUCAAACAGGCCAGAAGAAGGAUGUCUAUGGAAACAGAACUGAAAGUCAAAGAAGAAAUAGAAAGGUUGGUCAAGGCAGGAUUCAUCAGACUAGCCAUUUAUGCUGAUUGGCUAGCCAAUAUUGUGCCAGUUCUGAAUAGAGAAAUAGGGGCAAUUAGGAUAUGUGUGGAUUACAGGAAUCUGAAUGAAGCAUCUCCCAAGGAUGAAUAUCCUAUGUCAAUGGCAGAUAUGCUAGUAGAUGGAGCUGCUCAUAACCAAAUGAUAUCUUUUAUGGAUGGCAAUGCAGGAUAUAAUCAGAUUAUGGUAGCAAAAGAAGACAUCCAUAAAACAGGACAUUCUCUAGAGGUGUAUACAGAUGAUGUGGUGAUUAAAUCCCUAGAAGAAGGAGAUCAUGUGUCAAAUCAAGCAGGAAAUUUAUUAGGUUUCUUGGUCCGCCAAAGGCGCAUAGAGAUUGACAAAAAUAAAGCAAAAUCCAUCAUAGAAGCUCUACCACCUUAG